GCUAAGAUGGCGAAGCCAGGAAGUGCAACGUCGAACUGGUCAAUGUUUUCUGCUGUUUUUUGCGCUGUAUUGUCCCUGUCUCUCGCUAAUGUGAAUUUGAGAGGAGACAGAUAUGUUCAGAAAUUUGACAUACCGGUUUUCGCGGACAAACAUUCGGUUACGAUAGCGGAAGACACCGAUGGUGUGUACGAAGAAGACUGGGAAACUCUUCUACCAAUGUUGGAUCGACACCGACGAGACGCAGAUGGAAGUUGUUUUGAUAAAGAGCGAAAGAACUUAGGAACUGUGACAGAAGCACACAACAGUUACAGGUUUGGAAAUGACACCAACCAGGGCCUGGCACUGACAUGGUGUGGAGAGGGUGACAGUGGGAAUUUGAUUGUUGUAACAACUCAGGAAGUUUCAUCAUUGUUCAAGACCUAUGUCAAGCAAUCAGUUGUGUAUAGGACUGUUGACCAAGGUAAAACAUUUGAAAAUAUCAAUCAUUUUGUUGAUAAUGCCAUAAUCAGAAAAACCAACGGACUUCAGAGAAAUCCACAUGAUUCAUUUUCGGUGUAUCUUGUUGCUCACUCCACCAGUUCGCACUACAAAAUGUAUGUGACAACGGAUGGAGGCAUGAACUUUAACCCGUACACAAUCCCUUACGAUUUGGAGGAUAGCUUCCAUUUUCACCCGGAGAAGAAAUAUAAAUCCCAUAUUCUGGGUCAGUCAAGUGAUAAGAUUCUGUACAUUACGAAGGAUAAUGGAGGCAGUUGGAACAGAAUUGCUGAUAAUGUGCACGACUUCAAAUGGGGAACAACAGACAGUGAAAGUGAUCCAUUCUAUAAUGGUUUAACGUUGUAUGCCUUGGUUCACUCCAGUACAGGGGAAUGGUGGUCUGCAGGUACCAGACAUUUCGUUCUCAAGAAGAGCAAUGAUGGAGGCAAGACGUGGUCUAUUUUACUGGCGAAGGCUCAGUCAUUUGGCAUAGAAAGCAAAUUUCUGUAUGCUUCCAUCACAGACGAAUCGAGUUCCAAAAGAAUAAUGAAAGUAUCAACAAAUGCAGGUCAGACUUGGGAUGAAACACUACUACCUUCAAUCAUAGAUGAACAGUUCUACUCUAUUCUGGACAGCUCUGAAGGAAUGAUUUUUAUGCAUGUGGACAACCCUGGAGACACUGGACACGGCACCCUCUACACCUCUGGGGACAAGGGCAUUAUCUUCUCAGAGUCUCUAGAGAAGCAUCUGUACCCAAACUUCGGCCAGCAAACAGACUUUUACAAAGUGGAGUCCAUGAGAGGUGUUUACAUUGCCAGUCAGAUGUCCGAAGAUGACAGCAUCCACACUCGUAUCUCUUAUGACAGAGGAGGCGUUUGGGGAUCCAUUCCCAGGCCAGCAAAUGUGCCCUGCAAAGAUGAGUCAAAGGAAUGCAGUCUCCAGCUACACAAUACAUAUAGCAUUAGUCAGGGAAUCAAAGCAAACCCUCUGCUGACCGUUGAAAGUGCCACAGGACUGAUACUGGCUCAUGGCCAUAUUGCAGACUCUCUUCAAACUACAAACCCGGAUGUCUACAUUACCACAGAUGGAGGUUACACCUGGCGAAAGAUUCUAGAUGGCCCGCAUUUCUAUCAGGUGGCUGACAGUGGGGGUCUCAUUCUGGCUGUUCCAAUGGAAAACAAAACUGCAACUUACCUGAAGUUCUCACUUGACAUGGGGAAUUGUUGGCACACAUAUAACUUUACAGAGGAGCCUUUGCACUUCACAGGCCUUUUGACAGAGCCUGGGUCCAGGUCCCUUAAAGUCAGCUUGUGGGGAUUCGGGGAGAAGGACAGAAUAUGGAAUGUUCAUACCAUUGAUUUUGGAAAAGUUAUAACUCGCAAAUGUGGUUCAGAGGAUUAUGAACAAUUUACAGCUCAUUCCCAGCAUCGCAAAAAUGAGAAAAAGGAUGUGCAGGGUUGCCUUCUUGGAGUUAGGGAAACAUUUUUGACACUGAAAACUGAUUCAUGGUGUCAGAAUGGUUACUAUUUCCGUCCCCAAAAAAAUUCAGAGAAUUGUGUGUGCACAAGAGAGGAUUAUGAAUGUGAUUUUGCCUACUAUCGACCAGAAGGUAGUGAUGAAUGUGUGGAAGAAAAAGAGUUCACUAAGAAGCAUGUAGAAAUCUGUGAAAGAGGCCAAAUAAAAGAACUCAUAUCAGGAGGGUACCGAAAAAUCCCUGGCGACAAGUGUACUGGAGGUUAUGUUCCGCUGCCCACGAAAGAAGUUAACCUGAAAGAAAAAUGCAAGGAGGGGGAUGAGAUAAAAAUCAUUAAGCAGCAAGUAAAGCAAUCUUACAUUGAAAAGGUGGAGAGGGUAGAUGAGGUGGAUUCCCCUAAACCAACUCCCAGCCAGUCUUCUCACAAGAGAUUCCUCAUUAUUGGUGCCAUUUCCAUUGUUCUUGGUGGGCUGGUCUCCGUCAUGUCGCUUUAUUUCGUCUGUAGAUAUUAUGCACUUAGAAGACAUCAAGUGACCUACAGGUAUUCACUUUUGAACCAGUCAGAAGAGCAAGACUUCGAUGGAGAUUUGGAGCAUGUAUUGACAUCACAGAAAACUGUGUAUGAUGAUUCAGAAGACGAAGACAUAGAAACAAGCCGACCAGCCUUACCAAAUGGCCGUGCCAGUUCAGGCCACCCCAGACCACGACCUACCAAACCAACUUCAAAUGUCAUGUCUUACCAUGAUGACUCUGAUGUGGAUAUGUUGGAGUAACACUGGUCCCAAGACAAAAGCAGAACAGCAGAAGGAAUAGCUUUAUCACCAUGUACUGAUGCCGAUCGUCAUGUUGUGCGCCUGGACGUUUUAUCCCAGCUCUCGCUGUCACCUGUUCCAUAAACUGUGAUUCAUUCCAUACCAUUAUCUACAUAUAUAUAUAUAUAUAUAUAUAUAUAUAUAAAUAUAUGUAUCACUAGAGGGAGUGAUCUUGAAAAGUUUUCAACAGUGCUUUUAGAUUGCUUAUAUGAGGCUGUUCUUUUUUUUUUUCUUUUCUCGAUUUCCAUUCAAAAACUGUACCGGAAAAGGUGGACCUGCCAGAGAAGGCGUCGUUUGUUUUAUGUCCUUUCCCGAACCCCGACCCGUUUUUCCAUAAAGAUUCGGUUUGGUUAUUGUUAAACUGCAGAGGAGAACUUUGCAUAUAUGUGAUGGAAUCUAGAUAACUUAUUAUUGGUGAACAAAAGGCAAAAGUAAAUAACUCUUCAGUUGUAGAAUGCCUGGUAAACAGUGCCAGGUGUAAGGUUCAAAAAUAAAGAGCCUCACAUAUAUGCAUUUAAGGUUUGUUUAUACAUGUACAGUGUACUUAUUGUUGUUUUGCUGUUGCAGAUAAUGUAAUUUCUAACAGAUUUACCAUGUUUCAGUGAAAUUUUUGUAAUCUAAUCAGCAAAAUGCAUCUGUUGAUUAUAAAUUUUACCAAAAGCAUUUUUAGAGGAGAUCAUUACAGCUUAUCAGUCAAUGGAUUCCUAAAAAAAAAAAUGCUCUGGCCUGUGCAGUUUGGAUUUCUUUUUGUCUUGUGUAUAUAAACAUUCUCUUGAGUAAAACAACAGGUUUAAAAAUGUAUCUGCUUUACUACAUUGUAGCUUUCUUCAAUAUUGUUUCACAUAAUUUGUAUGAAACUCCCAAGUACACUAUCAUCUUAACUGCUAUACUUUGGUAUUAACAGUAAAUCGUUUUUGUGAUUGUAAUGUAAUAUCAUAUUAUUUUUCACUAACUAGCCAUCCUUUUGCAGUACAUUUCGUACAGCACGGCAGUGAGCUAGUGAAAAAUUCUGUGAAAUUAUGAGUGAUGAAUUAUGAGUAUAUUAUUCGUUGUGUUAGUACCAGAUCUAUACAUGUAGGAUGUACAUAAGUGCCUUUUGCAUAUAUGACAGGACAUUUUACAAGAUACUCUCCUAGGUUCUGACUAGCUUGGUUACUGUGUAGAGAGGGUUACCGUGUACAUGUACAGGUCAUCAACAAUGAGAGAGCUAAUGAGAUCUCUGAAAUAUUUAAUGACAAGCAGAGAAUAGAAGAUAAAUAUCACUCUUUUCUCUGUUUAAGAUACUCAUUAUUUCAUCAUGUUUGAUGUACAUGUAACUUUUUCACAUAAGUAUGUAUUUGUAUAUAUCUGUUAAAAUGGUUGUAGCAGUCUAAAACCUAAGAAACAUGGGUGACUUUUUGUUGAAAUUUCCAACAAAUAAUCAUAUGGUUUUUUCAUAUUUUCUUUCUUCUUUUCUCUUUUCCUCAAUCAGGAGUGGACUUGAUUCAAAGGGACGUGGUUCUUCAUGUCUAUUAUUGUACCAAACAGUUAACAUGAGUUCAAUUUUACAAAUUUUGAUCAGAGUGUAUCUUUUCUUUUUUUUCUUUGCGUAACAUUGUCUUGAGUGUUAAAAAGAUUUUAUGCCAUUAAAAUGACUUUCAUUGCUCAUUUUGCUUAAUUUGAUACCCUCAUUUUACCCUGGUUUGUAUAUUUCAUUGAUGCACAUGUGUGAACGCUGUGUUGUAUGGUACAUUUUGUAGAAAUUAAUUAUGUUGGUUAAAUUAUUUAUUCUAUAAGUUUUUAUGAUUCUGUAUAAUAUUGGACAGGUUGAUGUGACUACGAACAUUUGCCAGGUUUAUGGUUAAUUUGAAGGGUUUCGUGCUGAUAAUUCAUUUAUUUUGGGGGAAAUGUGGAAAAGUUUAUAUCAUUUGUACGCUUGCCAUCAGAAUUAUAAGCAGUUAAUAUGAACAGAGAUUGGGUUCGUACAUUUUAAUCUCAGAGAGGAGGAAUUUUGUGUGAGAAGCACAGAUAGUAGUAUUUCAUAGAACCCAGCGAUACAUUCUAAGUGCUGUGUUUCUGUAAUAGUUCCUGCCACUACAGUGUAUAUUUUACUCUGUUCUGUGCUGGUUUGCUACUAUUUUGAUUGUUUAUAUACACUAUAGGUGAUAGCUGUUCAAAUAGACUGAUGCAGAGGCAAUUGCUAAGGAAAGUAGUAUGCCUAAUAUAUUAUAUACAUAUACCAAAUCAAGGGCUAACUUGACUAACAGAGUUAUUUUUUGUAACGACUUGUACAUAGAAGUAGAUGUACAUAUAUAAUGAAUGCUGUUGCCUUUCCAUGACAACUUCUGCUCUUGAGAAUGGGGUUGCAGUUUAGAACUUUGCUACAAAAUAAAAAAUACUUUUUAUCAUAUGCUUAUACCUACUGUCUUAACUGAUUUGGGUGGAUGCAUACAAAUAAAGGUACGUUACAAUAAUUAA